CUCGCGCUUUAAAAGCAAUUGUGGCUGGUGUUAAGAACAAAAUAAACAAAUCGUAGAAAAGAGGGGGGGAAACAAUAUACAUCCCCAUACAAACACGCUACGCCAUCCGAUAAUAGAAUUACAUGUUCGAGAUGUUUUAUUUCAAUAACACACCACACAACAGCGAGAGCGAAAAAAUGGUAAAGUCCCUGAACAAAACAAAAAAAAAUACCCCCGAUAGGCACACCCGAUGCAUACGGGUUUUCGGGAGUGCGGAAUGGCGCCCUGCUUGGAAUGGGGAGCAGAAUGGUGGACGGUUGCAAUGGACGAUACACAGGUCCCCCGCCCCGGGUGUUUGAGCUGUAGCCGGCGCAGCGUUGGUGUUGGUGUAGCAACGGGCAGAUCACGGCGCGAGGGUGAGAAGCCCCAAGCACACCAGCAGCAAACAAUAAGCACCAUGGUGGCGAUGGUGUGCCGAUGGCGUUCGCGCUAGUGUGCGAGAGCGCGAGCGCACCGGACUGACCUACUCGAUCGUUGCCCGCAACGGCGCGCAGAUAUUGUACAGCGUUCGAGCGAAGUAGACGUGAAAACCCGCAGCGAAGGCAGCUCCGACUAGAGACGUUUUUAUUCUUGUGAGAGUGCAUUACAGAGGAGAGUGCUGUGACGUAGCAGACCGUUUGAGGCGCGCGCGCGUGUAUGUGAAACCCCCCUUUUUCCUUGAUUGUAGUUUUGCUGGAACCAUUGUGCCCGCGCGUGUUUGUGUGCAUGUGCAGCGUGAACCCGUUGCAAAAGACAGAGCGAAAGUACGAACUAAAAGCUUCCCUUAACGAACUAAAACUUGAAACAAACAACCGUACAUUCGAACCCCCAUCGAACUGCUUCCGGUGUGCAGUAAAGUGCGGUGCAAGAGCUCUACCACAGCAAGCGACACUAUGGGGCUGCUGCGACGAAACAGCUUGAACAUUGGCCGCUGGUUUCCGGCCGGCAAGCAGGAGUCGGCGGCUGCGGUCGCUGCCGCCGCUACGCCACCAUCACCACCGGCCGGUGCGACCGUUGGGCCGCGGGCCAGCUUCGGCAGCUCGGUCGCGAUACAGAAGCUGCGCGAGAGCAAAUGGUUCGAUGCCGGCGAGGAGCGCAUCUUUUGCGCCGUGAUCGAGAACGGCUUCAUCGUGGAGGUGCGCCGACCGACCGACCCCACCGCCGACAGCUGGUUCGGGGUGGUUUCGAUCGAGCUCAGGAAGUCCGAACUGAAACCAACGGCAGAGCACGUCAAAAUCUACUCGGUGCGCAUGAAGGAGAAUGAGAAAAAGCCGAUGAAGGUGUACUGCGUGACGCUGGCCAACCUUUGGCAGCAGGGCCACCAGCUGCGGAUCAACAAUGUGGCCGACCGGACAAAGAAAGCGCACCCGGAGAAAGACAUCUUAGCGCAGAUAAAGUACGCCUCGAAGUGCCAAAUGCCGUUCCACAACAGCCAACACUUUGCCGAAUUCUGUCGGUACGGUGACCGGCCGCAGGAUAGCCGGAAGCGACAAAUUUCCGACUGCGCCAAAUGGGGUGGACUCAAUAUGGGAGCGACGCUCAUUUUCAUGGAAAUGCAGAAGAAGCAAAAGUCACUAUCGCACUAGUGGUGCCCCUGUAUUAGAGUAGUGUCCCCGCGGUAGGCCGUCCAGCCCGCCAGCCAACACGCAAUGCUAUUGCAGCAUUAGAACUGGUCGUUUAGUUGUUAAAGCAUUUCCGCAGCCGCAAACCGGAUGAAGGAGAAGAAUAUUAUUGUGAUCUUCUGUCACGCUGUACCGUUUAAGGGAACGUUAUAUCUUAGCACUUUGUUAUGAUCUUGCGAUGCUGAGUUGCAGUAUCGCGCAUCGUACAUCGUAGGACGUAGUUUAUUGUUAGGCCAUAAGAGAGACAAUCGGCGGCUGUUGAUUGUUUUGAUUGUAUCAUAUUUUUUGUAUCAUUACCAAAGCCAGACCGUAGUAGAAGGAUAAGGACAAAUUACCUAUUUUAUACUUUUAUCGAGUGUAAUGUAUUUGAAAACAACGAAAAUAAAAGCAAAUGUGUCACAAUAGCAAUAUAAAAAACGGA